CGAUCUUUAGUUGCGAACUUGAACAAGCGAAGAAUAGCAAUCUAGAGUCUACCUUUUGCAAAUUGCAAACGAAAGUCAAAUAAAAAAAUAAAAACCGACUUGGAAGUUCAAUUGGUUUAGCAGACUGAAAAGUAAAAAUUCUAAAUAUGUCUCUGGUACCGUUGUUGUUAUCUGCCUGGUGGGCCGGCUUGGACCAACCCCACAUUCUCAUGGACCAAAAUUUUGGAUUGGGCCUACGUUCUGAAGCUCUGAGAUUUCCAGCAUGGACUGACAGAUACUAUUUUCCACAAAUUUUGGACAGGUCUGCGUUGACGGACCUUUACUAUCGACCCUGGGCUGAUCUUCUGAGAACAGAAGGAAGUGGUACAUCUACAAUCACAGCUGAUAAGGACACCUUUAAAGUCAUCCUAGACGUGCAACAAUUCAAACCAGAGGAAAUUAAGGUGAAGGUCGUGAACAGGUUCGUCGUCAUCGAGGCAAAACACGAGGAGAAGAAAGAUGAACAUGGCCUGAUUUCGAGACAAUUUAUCAGAAAAUACUUCGUUCCCGAACAGGUGGACAUCGAUCAACUGAAGUCCAGUAUCUCCUCUGAUGGAGUUUUGACUAUUACGGCACCUGUGAAGGAACUUCCUGAGAGUGAGAAAAAGGAAAAGGAGAUCCAGAUCGAGCAAACUGGAAAACCUGCGAUUCGAGCAAGUGCCGAAAAAUCUAAGGAAACUUCAACUAAUGAUACGGAAAAAGAAAAAGAAGUCAGAACGGAGGAAGGAGAGAAACAAGACACGAAACCGGAAAAAUAAGUUAUUGUGACAAUCAAGUCUCUUAAAUCAUUAAAUCACUUGCUCUGUUAUGCAUUUAAGUUGGAUGAUUUAGAAUAUAUGAAUGAUUGACCUUGUGAGUGUGCCAUUUUUAAAAUGUUUUUGUACGAGUUGAUAAUAAAAUAGGUUAAAUCUGAA